CUUUACUGCGGCCAUUGACCGCAUCCUUUACUAGAACUCUUCGGACGCUUGUGGGCAACACAUAUCCAUCUUACGGGACUCUGAGAUAGUCUCGCCCGUAAUUGCAGGAUUCGAUCUAUAUACUUUUUUCCUUCAAUAAAUUGCGACGGGAAUAAAUAUAACGACCCAGACGGCAGUAUUGUAUCAUGGCCAACAAGGACAAGGGCGUGAAGGACUAUAGUCGUGGCUCGGUAGGUCCCUCAGGCCAGAAGACUCCUAGAAAAGUGCAAUGGGUCGACCACCGAGAAGCCCAUGCUCUCGAUGAGCAUGCUUUGAACCCCGACGCCUUUGAGCAUCUUACCCACGCUCUCGAACAACACCGCUCCGAGUCACGCGUCGAAGAUCGACCUCCGCCCGUGCCUCGAAUCCAUUAUUUCCCACCUCGACCCCAGUAUCUUCCCCCCGUGGACACCGGGUUGACGCCUUAUCAGCGUGAGGGCGCUCAUACAACAAAUUUGUCAACCACCACGACGCCAUCUGAUACGUCGCCGACAGCUGCAAAGCCCAACUACCACGAGGUUCCCGGGACUUUCAUCGACAAGGAUGAGAGCUCAGGCCUUCCUGGACCUGUAGACAAUGACUAUCGCGAGGCAACCAACAUCGUUCGCGCCCAUACACGCCCUCGGGGCCGUGGUCGUAAUUUGUUCCUCAAUCUAAAGUCCCAGCAGAAGAGCAAAAGUAGAGAACGAAACACCGAACGUAAAGAUCCCGAUGCAGAACGUGAUGCAGCUCCAAAGAAUCCCCGCCUGACUGGUGCAGGUGGAGGCGUUCUUUCUGCUCUCUUGACCCUCUAUAACCAAUCAGAAGGUUUCCUAUCUGGGGCGGCGACGCCUAUAUCUGAGCUCCCAGAAAGACCAUGGUCAUCCGGGGCCGCACAGCCAAGCAGCGAUUCUUCUAUCUCUCUUUCUUCAAAGCCGUCUUCCCCGAAGGAGAAGGAAUUCCUCUUGAAACGUGCAGCGUCGCUGUCCUCUCUGGCAUCUUAUUCUUUUGGAAAGCCGAAGCAACGUACUGGCGGGGGCGUCUUGGGUUCGUUGAUUGCCAGUACUGGAAACAUCACUGGCCCCGCAGCUCCUACGUCAAGCCAGAUCCAACCGGAUGUCAAGCGUCCUGGUUAUCAUCUUUCUAGAUAUUCUCUGGAGAGCAGGUUUCCGAUUGUGAAGCACCACCAUGACAAGGACAAAGACGCGCAGCGGCGCAGUAUCGAGAUGAUUCCCAUCAGGCCAAAAUCGGACAGUUUCGAGCAUGUCGCCUCUUUUGCACCUUCUUUCCCCAACAGUCCUUCGAACGAAACGCUCACUACACUUACGGAACUGCAACAUCAUGACAAGACUCAUGAAAAGAUGCCUUCCACCUCAUCUCUCAGAAAUAGGUGGUCCGGGAUCCUCAGGGACUUCCCGUACACGAGUCCAGUGAGGAGCUUGGGACGUACACCCGCUCAGACCCCUCUAACGACCCCAACUACCGAGGGGGAGGACGAUUAUUUUUCAACUGGAGACCGCGACAAGGAGAAGCGCCGCAGGAAGCGCAAAGCCCGCGAGAUCUACAUCACCCGACACGUUGCAGAGAUCAUCCAGCGUCAGGAGUUCAUCCUAAAGCUCGCACGAGCGAUGAUGAUGUUCGCCGCUCCGACUCAUCGCCUGCAGAGUCAGAUCCAGGCCACCGGACGAGUACUCGACCUAGAGGUGUCAUGCAUGUACCUCCCGGACGUAAUGCUAAUCAAUUUCGACGACUCAUCCACCGGUACAAGCUCGAUCAAGUUCAUCAAGCAGGGCAGCGGGUUGGACCUAGGCAAGCUCCGCGACGCUUACGAGUUGUACUGGAAGGUCAUCCACGACGACCUUGCCGUCAGUGAUGCAUCCGGACAGCUUACGAAUCUCAUGCGCAAGAAACAAAUCUAUUCAUGGUGGCAACUUAUGUGCUUUGGUGGGAUAUGCUCCUCUUCCAUCUCCAUCGUCAGUUUUGGGGGAAGCUUCAUCGAUGCUGUCGCCGUAACUCCACUUGGCAUGCUCCUCGUCGGGAUCCAGCUCUUGAGUGUCAGAAAUGAGCUGUACUCGAAUGUUUUUGAAAUCACGGUAUCUAUGCUUUUCAGUUUCAUCGCUGCGGGUAUGGCAGCCUCAGGGAAGCUCUGCUAUUCGGCGAUCGCGUCCGGCUCCGUAGUACUCAUCCUACCUGGUUUCAUUGUUUUAUGCGGCUCGCUAGAGCUCAUGACGCGCAACCUCGUUUCUGGAGCGGUGCGGAUGUUUUACGCGGUGAUCUACUCCUUGUUCCUCGGGUUCGGGCUGUCGAUAGGAGCAGAGGCAUACGAGAAGAUUACGAGCCACUCCGUCGUCGGUGUCACGGACUACACGUGCGCGUUGACCCAUGAUCCCGAAGGCGGGUGGUGGCAGCGUACGCCGAGCGGAUAUUGGUACUUCCUCAUCGUGCCGAUGUUUGCUUGGGGGCUGUGCUUGAGAAACUUUAUGCCCUGGAAUCAGAGGGAAAUGUUUCUCAGUGUUGCGAUUGCAUCCGUGGGUUGGGUGACCAACCAUUUCACAUCUACCAAGUUCGUCAAUCAGAGCGAUAUAAGUGCAGCGGUUGGUGCAUUUGCGGUCGGAUUCGUGGCCAACUUGUACGGGCGCUUCUUCUCAGGGAACGCCUUCGUGAUCAUGAUAGCUGGUAUUCUUUUCCAAGUCCCGUCUGGCUUUGCGAAUGGUGGUCUCUUGGUCUUCGUGUCUGAACAAUCCACCGGGUCCUCCAGCUCUUAUAUAUCCGGUUUUAAGACUGCACUACAGCUGGUUUCGGUCGCGAUUGGGUUAACGGUCGGACUAGGCCUGGCGCUGUUCGUCGUGCAUCCCAUUCAAAGUCGCCGGAGGGGCGGUGCGGUAUUCAGUCUUUGAUUUCACGCUUUGUUGUCUCAUGCACUCCCUCGUUCUCUGGUUCUUGUAUGUUAAUAUCUGUACCUACUUAUUCAUCCACACCGACAUCUUGGACAUGCACAAGCACUCAUUCACUUAGACGUACAUUCUCAUACUAUUGACACAAUCGUAUCUUAGAAGUAUUUGUAUUCAUAUCUCGGGUUCUUUCUUUGUAUCACAAGUAUAACCACCGUAUCUAUCGAAAGCAUUAAAGUAUUACUACCGUCGGACACUAUCUAGUGCAUAGAAUUUGACUCUGCAGUUGACCAGCC